UAUCUGGUAGCGUUCAGCCAGCUCCAUGCAGUAGUCACAUAAUGAUGAUGGUGUGUAUGUAGCCGGUGUGUGUGUAGUUAUUCAGCUUGGGGGGUGACACGAGGAGGACUGUGCAAGGGGAGGGCUGUGUCUCUGGGACAGGAGGAGGACUCGCUGCGAAGGCUGCUUGGCUGACAACCAACGUGAUUCGUGCCAUUGAUGCGUGGACACCGGUGUGACUGGACAUUGAUGCGUGUGUGGAAAUUAGUGGCUCGGGGGUGAAGAUUCUCAAGGCUGAACUGAGCAGCAGAGAGGAGCCUACAGCUCCCCCCAGCUUAUCCUCACCCUCCACAUCUACUGUCUGCAAGCCUCAUCAUGAACACCAAUGACCCCAAGGAGUACCUGACCAGGAGGGAGAUACCCCAGCUUUUCGAGGGCCUUCUGAAUGGAUUAAUGUACUACAGGCCAGAUGAUCCCGUGGAUUACUUAGAAAACUGCUUGCAAAAAGUGAAAGAACUGGGAGGGUCAGAGAAGGUGAAGUGGGACACGUUCGUGGGUCCGGAUAAAAGAAACUUACCGCCACUCAACGGUGGACAGGGCCGGCGGGCAUUCUUCAGAAAUGUGUUGCCAGAAAGUUGCAACUUUCCUUAUCGGAGAUAUGACCGGCUGCCUCCUAUCCACCAAUUCUCCAUAGAAAGUGAUACAGACCUCUCAGAAACAGCAGAAUUGAUUGAAGAGUAUGAAGUGUUUGAUCCAUCCAGACCACACCCAAAAAUUAUACUGGUAAUUGGUGGGCCUGGCAGCGGGAAAGGGACUCAGAGCUUGAAAAUAGCGGAGCGUUAUGGCUUUGAAUACAUAUCAGUGGGCGAGCUGUUGAGGAAAAAGAUCCACAACACCAGCAGCAACAGAAAAUGGAGCCUAAUCGCCAAGAUAAUAACCACGGGGGAAUUAGCACCACAGGAAACGACAAUUACCGAAAUCAAGCAGAAAUUAAUGCAAAUUCCCGACUCGGAUGGGAUUGUUAUAGACGGCUUUCCUCGCGAUGUGGCUCAAGCGCUGUCCUUUGAGGAUCAAAUUUGCACGCCGGAUCUGGUGGUAUUUUUGUCCUGUGCCAACCUCAAGCUCAAGGAGAGGUUACUGAAACGAGCCGAGCAACAGGGACGUCCGGACGACAACCUUAAGGCGAUACAGAGGAGAUUAAUUAACUUCAAACAGAAUGCUGUACCCCUGGUCAACUACUUCCAGGAGAAAGGUCUCAUCAGCACGUUUGACGCUGACAGGGACGAGGAAGAAGUCUUCUAUGAUAUAAGUGUUGCUGUUGACAGUAAACUAUUUCCUGCUAUGGAGCCGGUGGCAGGACCGAGCGAGCUUGACCUCAGCCUUAUCUUAGACAGCGGGGAGGCCAGUGAUUCUACAUCUGUGUUUGAACAUCAGAAUGAGGAAAUUGCACAUCUUUUCGGCGAUGAUUAUCUAAGAGAAGAGUUGAAGAAAUCAAAAGUCAUGCUUGUAUUAGGUGGUCCGGGAUCCGGUAAAGGGAUUCAGUGUGAAAAAUUAGCACAGAAAUACGGCUUCACCUACUUGUCUAUAGGUGAUCUGCUGCAGAGUGAUCUGGCCAUGCCUUCGGAAAGAAGUAAACUCAUAAAGGAUCUCAUGGAACACGGGGAUCCGGUGCCGAUGGACAUCAUUCUGGACAUUCUGAAGGAUGCAAUUAGCUCAUCGCUUGGGACCACCAAGGGAUUCCUGCUGGACAGCUUCCCCUGCGAAAUUAGGCAAGCUGAGGAGUUUGAAUGCAAGCUUGGAAGACCAGACGUUGUGCUGUACCUGGACUGUUCUGCUGAAACUAUGACGACACGGCUUGUUGGCAGGAAUAAGGUUGGCCAUCGGAGUGACAUCAGCACAGAAACCAUUCAGAGGAGGCUUCGGAUGUUCUACCAGGUGGCCGAGCCCAUAUUGGCCUACUAUGAAUCAAAGUCUCUUCUAUGUAAGAUCAACGCAGAGGGGUCUCCAGAACAGGUUUUCCUUCAACUCAGCGCAUCAGUCGACUCAAUUUUCUGAGAAAAUCCCUCGAGCGGUGCCAUUGAAAAGAUGGAAAUGUGUACAUGUUGUAUAUUAUAUCCACCGGUGAAAGCGGGGACACCAUGUUCGUCACACUACUGCAUGCUGUCUGAACUGUAACACCAGAGCAGCGACCCCAGCAGUACAGAGCAGACCUGGACACCUUGAGGACCUCCAGCUGCUGAGGAACAAGUCCUAGCAUGCACUGCUCUGUAUGACAAGCCACGGUGGGACUUCCCCAGCAACCAAGGUGUCAUUGUGUGCCUGAGCUGCUGUAUCAUGUACAAAGGUCACAGAUACUACUUUGCAGGUUUUUGCCACUCUAUAGUAUCAUUUCAAGUAUACUACUGCUUUAUGAAGAGCUGUGGGCCAAAGAUGAUGAACUCCUGAAGAUGUGUUUCAGGUGGGUGCAGUUCUUAAGGUGAAAUCUGCCCAGAUUGAACCCCGGGUAGGUCCUUUUAACAUCUCAGGAGAGCCUUACCCUAGUAGUUAUCACUGCGCCUACAAUGGGUGGCGGAUUGCUAAGCAGUAUUAUGACAAAGCUGUAUAUCGGGACUAAAACUUACCUGCGUCAGAGGUUGCUUCUUUGUAGUAAAUAGUUUCAUAUGUUAUAGAGCUGCAUUUAAACACAUAGCUUGCCCGGUGGUACCCCCCCCCCCCCAAUGUUAUAGAUAUCGUGUUUGCUGACUCCAUUUUUAAACGUUAAAGGGGUUGUAAAGGUACAAUUAUUGUUUCCUAAAUAGCUUCCUUUACCUUAGUGCAGUCCUCCUUCACU